CUGUUUUGAUGGACGUACCGGUGCACCUUGAACUCACUAAAGUAGAAAACCUCUGAGAAACUCGCAUCUUUUCCUCUCUUUUACUUGAAUAAAUCACAUUUCUGAAACAUGAAUAUCAUUCCACAUUUACUCCGACACGCUCCCGAGGCUUUUACGUGUUUGCCGCGUGGCAGAAAAGUAAGAAAAUGCGUCAGUUUUAGAUUUAGUUCCAGGUUAGCACAGGUUAGCUCUAAUGCUAACACAUCGGAAAGGAGAUUCCGAGGUUUCACGAGCUCUUCCGAAACCCGAGCGGUACGAAUCGGCUGUGCAUCCGGGUUCUGGGGAGACACCGCUGUCUCAGUGCCUCAGCUGGUCUACAGUGGGAAGCUGGACUUCCUGGUGUUCGACUACCUCAGUGAGAUCACCAUGUCUCUGCUCACCGCCGCCAAAACCAAGAUGCCCAAUCUGGGUUACGCUCCAGACUUCGUCCACAUCGCCCUCGCUCCGUUCAUCAACGACAUCCACAGGAAAGGGAUCCGGGUGGUGAGUAAUGCGGGGGGGGUGAACCCUCUCUCCUGCGCUGAAGCCAUACAGGAAGUCAUCAGGAAGGCCGGCCUGGACCUCAAGGUCGCCGUGGUGACCGGGGACGACCUCAUGCCACAUAGGGGCCUCCUCUCUGAAGUGAGGAUGGCGGAUGGCAGCAGCAGACAGCAGCUUCCUAAAACUCUACACAGCAUGAACGCUUACCUCGGGGCCCUUCCCAUAAAGCGCUGUCUGGACCUCGGCGCUGACAUCGUGGUGACGGGUCGCUGCGUGGACAGCGCGGUGACGCUGGGCCCGCUCAUGCACACCUUUGGAUGGCAGAGGACUUCCUAUGACCUUCUGGCAGCUGGGAGUCUGGCAGGUCACCUGAUAGAGUGUGGAGCUCAGAGCACAGGAGGAGUCUUCACUGACUGGCACAAAGUUCCUGACUGGGACAACAUGGGUUUCCCGGUGGUGGAGGUCUCCGGCGACGGCUCCUUCCUCCUCUCCAAACCUCCUCUCACCGGAGGCCUGGUCUCCUUCGGCUCCGUGGCCGAGCAGCUGGUGUACGAGAUCGCAGACCCGAGGAGAUACCUGCUGCCCGACGUGAGCUGCGACUUCAGCCAGGUGCUCAUCCAGGAAGUAGCAGGUGUAGAUGGAGGUGCUGUCAAAGUGACGGGGGCUAGAGGCUCCGCUCCCUCUCAGGACUACAAGGUGUGUGCCACCUUCAUGGACGGUUUCCGGGCGACAGCGGUGUGUCCGGUCGGGGGUCCGAGAGCGGCGGAGAAAGCCCGACGCACUGCCGACAGCAUCAUCAAACGGACGAGGCGCAUGCUGCAGCAGUUGAAGAUGGAGGACUUCAGCUCCGUUAACGUUCAGGUCCUCGGGGCGGAGGACACGUACGGCCCCCACGCUCGCAGCAAGGGCUGCAGAGAGGCGGUGAUCUGGAUGGCCGUUCAUCACAAGCAGAAGAAAGCUCUGGAGCUGUUUGCCAGGGAAGUGGCUCCUGCAGGCACCGGCAUGGCUCCAGGACUCACUGGUAUCGUUGGUGGUCGACCCAGAGUCUCUCCUGUCCUGAAGCCAUUUUUCUUUAUGCAUCCUAAAUCUGAGCUGAAGGUGGAGGUUCACGUUGAUGGACAGCAGGCGGAGUCUUUUGAGGACGCGGAGCCACACACAUCUGACCAGGAAGUCCUGCCCCCCUCAGCUCCGGAAGAACCUGACGCAGAGCUUCCCAGUGGCCCCCACAGCUUCAGACUGGAGGAGCUGGCCUACACCAGGAGCGGAGACAAAGGAGACUCUGCCAACAUCGGAGUGAUCGCUCGCCACCCUCUCUUCUUCCCCUACCUGAAGAAGCACCUGACUUCUUCUGUGGUGGAGGACUACUUGUCCCACCUCAUCCAGCCGGGGACCAAGGACGCCGUGACACGGUACACUCUUCCCGGGAUCAACGGUCUGAACUUCGUCCUGCAGAGUUCACUUGGAGGGGGAGGGGUGGCAUCUCUGCGCAGCGACCCCCAGGGCAAAGCUUACGGUCAGAUGCUGCUGGACCUGAAGCUGAGAGAUCUGCCUGACCUCAAGUCACUGGUGGACUGAGAGAGGAGGAGGAGGAGGAGGAGGAGGGGAGGGGACAAUAACAGCAGAAGAAAGUGAGGAAGACUCCAGGCCAGACUUUCAAAACAUUUCAGCUCCACAGAAACACAGGAUGAGCGUUAAUACAACCUAUCAUUCUAUUCAUUUUUGGGGCUAAAAACUCUGGAAUGGUCCGUUUUAUUGUAGAGGUCCCACCAUAAGUGCACUUAAUGAUGAUGUGAUUGACAGAAAAGUAGUUUUUGAAGCAAUAAUGUCAGAAAAAGCUGUUUUGAGAAACUGUGAUAUUAUUCAUUAAAUAAUCAGACAUUUUUACACAUGUUAGAUUAAUAAUUCAGACCCUUUUCAUUUCAUUGACAUUUUUCAGAUUAUUUUACUGCUAUUUUUUAAUGAAUUGUUCAUUACAUUUUAUUUUAUACGUCUUAUUUUCAGAAAUGUGUUAUUCAUUUUUCACAUUAUUUUCAGGCAUUUUUCCUUUCCAGUAUUUUUUCUAAAAAAACAUCAGGCUUAGUAAAAGGGCUUUUUUCGGUUGUGGGUGAGGGGGACAUUUUUGGGGGUAACUGCUGCAGCUCGAGGGGCUCCGACCUCUGACCUCCUCCAGAGGCUUGUGUUCCUGUGGAGGUAAAUAGACACUUCAGAGGAAUCGAACCUCACCUCGCUGCGACCCGACUCCGCUGUCCGCCGCCGCCGCAGGAAUGUUCCCUGAGACUGUUUAUCCGUAAUCACUAGCAGACCGAGCUGUGGGCAGAGAUCACCUCCGAGUCUCCAGAACUAAAACCGAGUCCUGGAGUACAGCCGGAGUAAAACAUCGAAUAAAUAGUUAUUUAAUUAAUUAAACAUUUCUGAUAUUUUCUGGACAUUUUGGAAGUUUUUACCCCAAAUUUUUCCCAUUAUUUAAACAUAUUUUUCAUUAGAUUUUCUGACUUUAAAAAAUGAUUUUUCGGGCAUUUUUGGCAGGUUUUACAACACGCUGUUUUCAAAUUAUUUUUAGACUUUUUAUUCUAUUUCUGGAUAACUUGUUCAUAUUAUUUUCAUAUUGCGUUUGGAAAUGUUUCAUAUUAAUGUUACACAUUUUUUCAAUAAUUUUCGGAAACGGUUCACAUUAUUUUAGAACAUUUUUCACCUCAUUUUUUUGAUAUUUUUCAAAAGAUUUGCUUUUUUGGACAUUUACAAACAGUUCACUAAUUGAUCGUGGCUUCACAUGAAAAAUCUAUCAUCUCUAUAAAUAUAUUGUUAAAGUAAUAUUUAAAAGCUGCCCUCAGCCUCUCAAAUAUGAAGAUUCUCUCACUUCUAAAUAACAUUAAAGCGACCAAACAGGACGUUUAAAAACCCAUCCCAGUUUUUUUUGAAUAUUUUUCACUAUUUUCUGACAUUUUGUAAACAGAACCCUUGAAUAACACAGGAAACAUGAUGCAUGGUUGCAGGAUUUCACCCUUUUUGGGGCUUUUAGUAAACUGGCAGGUUUCCGUUCUGAAUCUGGUUUCGUGCUGCCGGUUCUCUCAGACUCUCCACAUCAGACUCUCCACAUCAGACGCUCUGCCUGCAACAAUAACAAACAGACGCACAGAGACAAUAAAAACCACAGGGAACGACAGCCAUGCAGAUCCCUCCAGACGGGAAUUGGAAACAGAGCUGCUGAAAUAUAAAUCAGACCAGUAAAAGAAUGAAGUGUGAUUUAAAGGACUGAAGCGGUCAGAGAGAUGUGUUGAAAUGACUGCAGCUCAUUUCCUGUUUUCAUAAAGUCUGAAGCUGUAGAGUCACGUCUUAAUGAUGACGUUUGACAGAAAGGCUUCGGAUUCACAUCUGUUCUGCAUAUUGCUCAGGAUUACUGAGAAAUGUUUACAAGCAGAGCUGUAAUUAGUCAGAAAAACAUCAUGUUUGAUGUGGGUGUUUCGGGAAGUUUCUUCAAUCAGGAUCCUAAAAUAUCCGUCUGAACUUUCUGACCUCAUCCCGAUUAUCAUCAGAAGUUGUAUUAGCUACGUUUGACUUGUUCUUACUUACUUUAAGGUUAGUAUUAAGAAUUAAGAACAUUAAAACGGUCUGACCAACAAAUGUAAUUUUAACCGUGAAAGACAACAUUUGGCGACAGCUAGCUAACGUUAGCUGGAUGGUUUAUUAGUUGAAUAGUUAAGGUAAGCUAGCUAAAUAGUUAGAUACGUAGCCAACGUUAGCUAGCUUGAUUUACAGACAAGCAGACAAAUAAUGGUUGCUAGUUAGAUAGCCAAGGUUUGCUAGCUGAAUCGCUAUAAUUCGGUAGCUAAAUAGCUAACGUUGAUAGGUAAAUAGCUAACGUUGAUAGGUAAAUAGCUAACGUUGAUAGGUAAAUAGCUAACGUUGAUAGGUAAAUAGCUAACGUUGAUAGGUAAAUGGCUAACGUUGAUAGGUAAAUGGCUAACGUUGAUAGGUAAAUGGCUAACGUUGAUAGGUAAAUGGCUAACGUUGAUAGGUAAAUAGCUAACGUUGAUAGGUAAAUAGCUAACGUUGAUAGGUAAAUAGCUAACGUUGAUAGGUAAAUGGCUAACGUUGAUAGGUAAAUGGCUAACGUUGAUAGGUAAAUAGCUAACGUUGAUAGGUAAAUAGCUAACGUUGAUAGGUAAAUAGCUAACGUUGAUAGGUAAAUGGCUAACGUUGAUAGGUAAAUGGCUAACGUUGAUAGGUAAAUGGCUAACGUUGAUAGGUAAAUAGCUAACGUUGAUAGGUAAAUAGCUAACGUUGAUAGGUAAAUAGCUAACGUUGAUAGGUAAAUGGCUAACGUUGAUAGGUAAAUGGCUAACGUUGAUAGGUAAAUGGCUAACGUUGAUAGGUAAAUAGCUAACGUUGAUAGGUAAAUGGCUAACGUUGAUAGGUAAAUGGCUAACGUUGAUAGGUAAAUAGCUAACGUUGAUAGGUAAAUGGGUAACGUUGAUAGGUAAAUAGCUAACGUUGAUAGGUAAAUAGCUAACGUUGAUAGGUAAAUAGCUAACGUUGAUAGGUAAAUGGCUAACGUUGAUAGAUGAAUGGCUAACGUUGAUAGGUAAAUGGCUAACGUAAUAAAAAUGUAAUAACGUAAUGUCUCUUUUACAGACAGCAUCCAUUUGUAACCUACGCGCUCUUAGAUGUUUUUAUUGAUCUAAAAUGCUGGUGCCUUGCUCAUUGGGAGAGUUGUGUUUUUAAAUCUUUAAGUUGCUUUGAUUUCCGUCCGGGAUUUAAACCACUGACUUUUUCAUGCAUUUUCUAAUUGUUCAAUCACGCAAAAGGUCUGCGAAACUCUGAGAACAUGAGGCCUUAUAGAGCGGUGGAGGGAGGAAGAGCCUCUGUGUUGGACAGCAGUGAUGAAAGGUUGAGUCAUUUACUCAGACUCAUUCCCUUCUUCUUCUUCUCUUUAGUAAAACAGGAAUCAAACACUUUAUUUUUCACUUAUUUCUCCUCCUCCAUCUCAGAAACCUCUCUGAACUUCAGUCAGUACGACUUUAUGAAUCAAAACUGUGAGCUAAUGCUAAGCUAUUUUAUUUGUUAUAAUUAAAAAUGUGUGAUAAUUGCUUGGAUAGAAAAACAUCACUAAAUCAUUUAAAGAGUGACUUUGAUUUUGUAGAUAUUUAACUGAAGAGAUAAAAUAUAUAUAUAUAUAUGAA